AUGGGUAUGUUUUUAACGAAACCCUCUACAAAUAAACAUUCUGACCAAGGUGGAGAUUUUGAUAAGUAUGGUGUCAGAUUUGGCGUUAGUGGAAUGCAAGGAUGGAGGGUUUCGAUGGAGGAUGCUCACCUAGCAUUACCAAGAUUAGAUAGGCAUCCAGAGCUAUCUCUAUUUGGUGUCUUUGAUGGCCAUGGUGGGUCUGUAAUAUCAGAAUGGGUCUCAAGGCAUAUUGAUUCUAUUUUUCAGCAAGAGCUUGACGCAGUAUUGAGAGAAAUGAACUCGAAUGAAAUUAAUCUCGGCCCAGAAAAAAGCAAAUUGCCAAAUAAAGUAGUUGCUAUUUCCGAAGCCCUCCAAAGAACAUAUAUUAAACUAGAUGAGCAAAUGGCUUCACCGUCAUCUAGACCAGAACAGAAAGCGAUAUAUGAAAAGAAGAAAUCCUCAAGUGAUACCAACCCCCCAAAAACAUUCCUCCAAGAACUUUUGGGUGGAAUUGAUGGUCAAAGAAGAGUAUUGAGGAUGGUAGAGCAGAAUGGAAACCGUUGCCUUCAGAUUGUUUCCUUUAACGGUGAUGAAGAAUCUGGUUCAUCUGAGAAUGAAAAGGUAGAAGAAGGUAAGGUGGAAGAAGUGGAUGAAAGUAAGGAAUCUUCUGAUAGAGUUGAAGAUUCAAGUCACAAUUGCCAUCCAACUGAGGGGAUUUCCUCGGCUGGCUCUGAUGAGAACGGGAAUUAUUCUGACGGGAUUAAACCAUUUGAAAGUGACAUAAAACGAGAUGAUGGCACAUUUGAGGAAUCAAAUACAGGAUUUAUUGAUGAUGAUGGACUUGCAGAUGAUGAUGGUUAUUUGGAAGAUAUUUCUGAUUCUGGUACAUGCGGUCCCGAGCAUUGUGGAACUACUGCAGUUGUCGCAGUAAUUCUUCCAGAUGAAAAUGAUGGCUCCCCUUAUUUAAUUGUUGCGAAUGCAGGCGAUUCAAGGGCAGUCUUAAGUAGAUCAGGCCAGGCAAUCGCACUUUCCCAUGAUCACAAGCCUGAAUUACCAUUGGAAAAUGAGAGAAUUUUAAAGGCUCAUGGAACAGUUGAAAACGGUCGUGUAGAUGGUAAUUUGAACAUGUCUCGCACACUUGGAGAUCUUCAAUAUAAAAGUGACACAUCUUUAAGUCCUGAAGAACAAAAAAUUACUGCAUUCCCAGAUGUUAGAAUCAUCCCCCUUACCAGUGAGGAUGAGUUCAUUGUUUUGGCAUGUGAUGGUAUUUGGGAUGUGGUAGAUAAUCAGUUAUGUGUUGAUAUUGUUCGUCGUAAAAUUUUAAAACAGAUUGAAGCCUUAGAGUCUGAGUAUGCCUCAAAAAGUGAAGAAACAAAUGUGGACGGCCAUAAGGAUCGUGAAUUUGGUUCCAUUGAAUCAAAAGAGCAGCUUUUUAUUAGCUCCAAGUUAGAUGGUUCAUUACCGAUACCUGCUCUAACUGCAAUACAACUUUCAAAGAUUUGUGAGGAAAUUUGUGAUGAGUGCCUAGCUCCUAAUCCUGUUGAGAGUGAGGGAAUUGGCUGUGACAAUAUGACAUUAAUGAUCGUCCAAUUGGGACCUAAUAUUAGAAAGAAAUCCUCGAACUGUAUGGUAUCUACACAAAUUGGGUCUGCUGUUGCCAGGAGGUUGAAUGCUGCUGCCUCUGCCAUUGAGACUCAAAUAUCACAAAUGCAACAAGCAAAUCCAACUGAUUCUAAUUCUGGUAACUCUUCCGACGAUGAUGGAACAUUGAGGAAUGAGCAGCCACCACGCACGGAAACACAAAAUCGAAAGGCUCCAGAUGCAGUAUUAAAUGCUCCCCUUCCGAGCGUCUCUUGGAUUCCAAAAAAGGAGUUCAAUGUAACAUUAUAUGGUUAUGGAGUCGAUGAUGGUAGAUUUGACAAUGUUCCCGAAGGCAGACUCUAA